AUGGCCGCUUUCUGUUGGAUGCUGGUAGAGGGAAUUUAUCUUUACCUUCUUGUUGUGAAAGUUUAUAAAAUCAGCGACAAGAUGUAUAUUUAUCACGUCGUGUCAUGGGGUAUGUUAGUUGUACAAUUGUAUUUAUUAUGUUGUUGUGAAUUAUUUUGUUAACGAACUGUAUCAUUUGGAUCGCUAUAUGAUUCUAAUUUGUGAUAGGUUUGCCCGUCAUCGUGGUGGCCAUUUCAUUAAGCAUAGCAGCUGGAGCAGCAGAUGGGAUACAGAGCUACAUCAGUGAUGACUAGUGAGAUGGAAUUUUAAAGUUUCUUUUUCUCCCCUCAACCCUUUUGUAUACUUUUUUGUUGAGGUUUUGACUUGAUUUCAUCUUUUCUUUCCCCUCUUCAUUAUCAUAGUGAGUCUGCCCUCUAUUUCCUUUGAUUCUCGAAACCUUUUAUCCUUUUAGGCCAGCUUCUGACAUAUAUAUUUUUUGUUAUAGAACUGUUGCUGUUCAUCGUUGUUUUACAAUAAACGUUUUAUAAGUGAACGUUUAAUAGUUUGUCGCACGAUGUAAGAGUCAAUCUACUCAAUCGUGUAUCGAUCGCGAAAUCGAGAUCAAUAGACGAUUUAUCAACUUGACUCUUACAUUGUGAGAAAAACUAUUAAAUGUUUAUUUAUGGUUAUUUUCAUAGUAUGGAUGUUACUCUCUGUCUUCCCUGUCAGGAAGAUUGGGAAACUGAAAUCCACCAGUAUUUAAAAUUUUUUGCGCUCUUUUUUGAUGUUUUUUUUCCUUUUCCUUCUUAGUUGUUGGAUGUCCUCAACUAACAAUCUGAUCUGGAUAUUUGUCACAUUUGUGGUUAUCGUUGAAGUUGUAAGU